CGAAAAAUGAAUAAAAAUCCAAAAUGGCGCAGGGUACAGGUAAAAUUUUGAAACUUUUUCACUUGUUUUCACAGGUUUUACACGAUAAUAUACAGUUCUUUUGCAUUCUAACUAUCCCUGGUAAUUUUGCCUUGCUCAAUUAAUGGUUUUGUCUGCAUUUCUAACUUGUUUAGGCAACGGAUUUGGCCAGUAUCAUUGUAAUUACUGUCAAGCGGACUGUACGACACUCCGUGUGAAAUGCGCAGAAUGUCAAGAUUUUGACCUCUGUGUUCAGGUUUGAAAGCCUAUCACAACAUAAAGUUGAAAGAUAGUUCAUGUGUUCGUCCCUAUUAAGCAAAAAUUUACAAAAUUUAAAUUUUGUAGUGUUUCUCAUCCGGGGCCGAGAUGGGCGGACAUGAAAGAGAUCAUAAUUAUCAGUUAAUUGUAAGUCGAUUAAGUGUAGACAUUAGGCUGUUUAGAGUGUAAUAUGUUGUUGGAGACAACAGAAUUUCUUUGUUUUACCCCAGCUAAUAUCCACCACCCACCCCUCCAGGUUUUCCUCUGCCACGCCCUUUUUUGAGAGACCCUACCAUGCCCAUCUUCAAAAUAUUCGUUCCUUCAAAAUACUUGUCCUUCCAUCAGGGUGCUUUUCUCAUCAAUGUCACACCAUCAUCAAAAUACUUGUUUCUUGCCCUCCCCCCCCAUCUCCCCCCCAAUCUCCCCCCAUCUCCCUCCCCCCAUCUCCCCCCUGUCAGGAUGCUCCCUCCACCUCCUGAAAGAUUGUUGGUUUACCACACACCAUUCCACAGUAUUCUUGAUCUUCACCCACACAUCCAUUCCCAAGGUUUGUGAUGCGCAUGUUAUGACCUCCCCCACUCUAGUACUUUCUCCAUUUCAACUUGUGGUGUGCCCCCCAUGACUUGUUGUUUUCCUCUCAGGACAAUGGCACAUUUCCUUUGUUUAUGGAGGAAUGGAGUGCUGAGGAAGAAAUGCUUCUUCUUGACGCUGUGGAACAACAUGGUCAUGGAAAUUGGUUAGAGAUUUUAAUACUAAACUAGAAUUACAAUCAUGAUCACUACUGUCAACAUCAUCUUUAACACCAUUAGUCCAGAUUUAAUAUUAGUGAGGUUCAGAUUUGAUGUCCACUACCGCUACCAAAAUGAAGGGACAAUUAGCCAAUCAGAUGCAUUUGAUAUAUCUGAUCAACCAAUCAGAUGUUUACAAAGCCAGUGAGAGGUAGUGGUAGUGGAAGUUCAAAUCUGAACCGCUAUAUUAUCAAUCAAUACCAUACUUAUCAUUUUUCAUUACUAUCAUUUUCAGGGUGGACAUUGCAGAUCAUAUAGGAACAAAGACCUUCACAGGUACAAUCAAUCACUUUUUUAUACUUAUUAAACCUAAGCAUAGGGUGUGCACCCCCCUCCCCCCCAAAAAAAAAAACAUUUUGCACCCCCUCAGAAACUUUUCUCACCCCACCGAGAGAAAUUUGCACACCACCAGAAAUCUCAAAAUUUCCAGACCCCUCUGCAGCUUGUUUGGCAGCACUACACACCCCGUCGCUCACCACCCCACUAAAUUUUCGGCACCUCCCCACCCCAAACCCCCCCCCCCCCCCCCCCCCGGGCAAAAUGUGAAAAUCUGUCUAUGGACCUACAGGAAGUGUGUAAAAUAUGUUGUUAUUUUUGACUCUAGAAACCCAAGAUCAUUACAAUGGAUGUUAUAUUGAAGGUCAUGUUGGGAAAGGUGAAAAUUAUAGUAAUAAGCUUUUGGUAAUCAUUAUCUUUAGUAUGCACAAUAACUUAAAAAUGUGUUUUUUUUAGUUACCAUUCCAGAAUUUGUGUGUAAGAUUACUGACCACACAACAACGUCAACAGGUUAGCAAAUUCUCUGUCUUCUGGUGUGAGACAAGGCAGGGGUGGGGAAAAUAGGCGAGCACACAAGCACUGCUCGCAGGAAAUGUUAAACAGCUGCAGGAAAUCCGUUUGAAUGAAGAUUUGCUGUUGAAAAUUUGAAGGAAACCUUAUCACCCAUGUCCCACUACUGUAUAUGGGCGCAACAACAUACAUACGGUUGACAGACAUUAUUCCUUGAAUUUCAAACCAUGGUCAGCUAGAACACUAUAUGUAUGUACUGUAUGUUUACGCACAUGCAGAUUUUACUGUCGUUCCAAUUGAAGUGUUGCUCAAAUAUUGAUUCAAUACAUUACCUCGGGCUGACCAAUUCAUUUGAUCAAGUUCCUCGAGAUAUUCAUACACUUCCUAGUAUAAUUGUAAACUUCCUGUUGAAUAGUUUGAAUGCACCAAUCACCUUUGUUGUUUGUGGAACUAACCAAUCAUAAAUAGAAAGGAAGUGACCAGAAAUGAUCAAAUACUUGGAAUUGGCUCUUUCACAGGAAGUGUAUGAAUAUCUCAAGGAACUUGAUCAAAUGAAUUGGUCAGCCCGAGGUAAUGUAUUGAAUCAAUAUUUGAGCAACACUUCAAUUGGAACGACAGUAAUAGCACAGUAAUAAAUAUUUUUGUCUCCAGGUUGUGCUCCCAGGAAGAAAAAAUUUUUUUCUGCACUGCCCACAGAGUAAUUGUGUGUAUCACUGUAUGUGAGUGAUUUUAUAAACAAACGAUUUUUGUUCCAGGUGAACUCUCACCAACUUUAACUCAUCCUCCUGAAACAUUGGACAUGACUUUGUCAGAGCAACAAGAUCUGGGUUACUUGCCAUUUCGAGAUGAUUUUGAUAAGGUCCAGACACCUGUACAUUUUCACUACAUUUUCAUUCAGUAAAAAUAUGAUUGAUUUAUUAAGAUCUGAAUGUACAGAUUGGAAUCUUUGCUAAAUCAACAAACAUGACUUCUUUCCAUCUUCAGGAACAUGACAAUGAUGCAGAAACAUUAAUUAGUAACAUUCAAAAUUCUCAUGAAGAUGAUGAGUUAGAUUCAGGUACGUCUUUGAUGUUUUAACUCAUUUUCAAUCACUGUACACUUGUACAAUAAAUUAUCUUGGCAUAAUCAUUAAUGGCUUGAAUUGAAUCACAUUAACCAAUGGAGUGGCAGCACUCUCCCCCUGACAAGUAAAAUUGUCUGGCAUUAGACAGAGUAAAAUAAUAAAUGAGGGUGCAUCUUGGCACAUUGCCACUUAAAGGGUUAACAGGGUGAAUGGGAAGAUAGUCUGAUUAACCCAUUGAGAGGCAGCACUCUCCCUCUGACGAGUAAAAUUGUCUGACAUUAGACAAAGUAAAAUAAUAAAGUAGGGCGCAUCUGGGCGCAUUGCCACUUAAAAAGGUUAAAUAUGAUUUGUGUAUUCCAGCUUUCAAACAUGCUCUUGUUGAUAUGUAUAUUGAAAGACUAAAAGAAAGACAACAUAGGAAAACAAUUGCCAGAGAUCAUGGAUUAAUCACAAGCAAACACAAACUGACAGGUACUAUUGUUUAGAACCCUGAAACCAAUAUUUAACGUACUUGCUAUUCUCACAUAUAAUUUGCCACUGUGUAACUUAAAUUUCAACUAAAUUUCAGCGUCACGACGGAAACUCUCUAAAGAAGACAGGUAAGAGUCUUAACAUUAAACAUGUAAGCUAGAGUUUGCUCUUUUAAACGUACUAAAGCACUUAUCAAUGACAAUGUUUUACAGAGAUUUUCGUGAUGCUGCCAGAGUAUUUGGCCGUCUUCAACCUGCCGAAGACUGGGAACGAUUUCUUAAUAACCAUACCAGUACGUAGCAAUCUCGUUUCCCGAGUCUGUGAUCCUCGGGAAGGAACGUGAGGCUCUGGUAUAAAUGUAUAAUCCGUUUCAGGGAGGAAUCUGAUUGGCUGUGGCAACGGACUAUCCCAGAGCCUCACGUUCCUUCCCGAGGAUCGCAGGCUUGGGGAACGAGAUUGAGUACGUAGAUAUAGCAAUGGAGUAACAUCUGUUGUAACACACAAACAUUGAAUAUUUUAUUUGUGUAGGACAGAGAGAACUGCAAUUCCAAAUUAAGGAACUUAUACGGUAUAGGAAGAAUGGUGUCACCAAAUUAUCUGGUAAGGAAACUUUCAAACUAAAGACAUUUUAAGAUAUAAUGACAUUUGACAUUGGUCGCACAGUCAUCAGAGCAAGUUCAUCUCUGAGAUUCUGGGUUUGAUCUUAAGAUAUUCAAGUCAAAAGAAUCGAUCAAUGCUUUGCUGAAAUCAUGCGUUAUCUUUGUGGGUUUUUUAAAGGAACUUUGUUCUUUUACAGGAUGUCGCGAAUAUGAUGAAUUGAAAAUAAGACGUGAAAAAUUGAAAGAAAAUCGUAAAAAGUUGGUAUGUAAACUUGAGCAAGCUAUCAAAGACUAAUGUUCCACCCAACAAAGCAACUUGAGCAAUUGUUUCCUUAUAUCAACCUUUGUUUGUUUCUAUAGGAUGCAUGUUCCCCAAGGAGAACUAAUUCAGGAACAAAGAAAGAGUAAGUCUAUGAACUUAGAAACAGAUAGAUUGCAAGCCUGGAACUGUAGUGGCGGCCCAAUGUCUGUCAAUUCCCCUGCUCAUGUAAUGACAUUCGCUCAACUUAUGCGACAAAACGGAGAAAUGAGUCGUUGAAUAAUUUUUCUGCUAUUGAGUUUAUGAACAAUUUGAAGCCUGAACUGUUAGGUAUUUUAAGUCGUGGAUGGUCAUACAAUGAUUUCGAUCAUUGCCUGUGGAAACCAUCCGCAUUCCUUCAUUCAUUUAUCUUUUUUCCUUCCCCAGCGUCAAAGGCGAUAAGAAAAGGAUGGAAAAGAAAGGUGGGAAAUAUAUUCUGGUUUUUUGGAUGCAUCAUAUAUGACAUAAACUUCAGUCUUCUGGGGCCGGUUGUUCAAAAACCGAUUAGCUUAAUCCUAGGUUAACUUCCUAACAGCUUGUUUAUAAAUUUGGAAAUAUUUCUUCACAAAUCAUGUCUGGAUCAAUAGAAGUUUUCUUUUCUGAUAUUUUGAAAUAAAUGGACAUGCAGAAAUAUGCAAACUCAAACAGCGGGUUAAAUUUUAACCCUGGGUAAUUAACGCUAAUCCACCUUUGAACAACCGACCCCAGAAUAAUGAAAUAUGUUUCUCGAUGUUUAGAUUCGCCAACCGCUACCUUUUCCGAACUGGUAAACGGUUAUGUGGGAUUUGAAUUGUUGUCAAUUAGAGAGAAACAGGUUCGUCUCGAGAUGUAUUGAUGAUGCUUGGAUAAGAUAAACUCACUUCACUAAAACUGUUUGACUUGAAGGUUUAACUUACUGUUGUUUUCUUAGCUUUGCAAUUCUUUACAAAUCAAACCUGCGUUCUAUUUGACAAUAAAAGGCAUCGUUUUAAAGGUAGGUUCACAAAGCAUUAUCAACAUUGAACAUUCAUAACUUAUCCACUCGUUCACAUCCAUCAGAAGACGAAAAUCGCACCAGAAAUCGCAGCAAAAAUUGCAUGUGUGAACGGACCUUAAAGGCCUGUUUACACUUGCAAUUUCUGCUGCGAUUUUAGGUGCGAUUUCCUUCUUCUGAUGGAUGUGAACGAGUGGAAGAAUUAAGAAUGUUGAGAUGAGGGUAGAUAUACUCAGAACAUUCAUUCUGAUCUACUCGUUUACAUGCAUCAGAGUCGCACCUAAAAUCGCAGCAAAAAUUGCAAGUGUAAACAGGCCUUAAGCUGGAGUAAUACGGCAACUUGCAACAAAAUUCAGAUUUUGUUAAGUAGAAAUGCGACACGUGUUGCCUCGUGAUUUGUCAUUUAUACGUAAACCUUUUCAAUUAACAUGCGUAGAAAUCCGAUUUUGUUGCAAGUUGCAGCAAUUUCGUUGCUCGUAUUACUCGGGCUUUAACGCUUAGUGAAACAAAUUAACCAACCAUCCAUCCUUUUCAGGAUCACUCGUUACGAAGACGUGGAAACACGGUAAAAACACGUUAUCCUCCAUGCGUUGGUAAAUCACAGAGAAAACGUCUCCUGUUAUUUUUUAAAGAAUGCGGUUGGUUACAAAACAGCUAGGACAAACUCCUACUUGAAGUAUAUCUUGAAAAAUGAAUAACGAUUGCGAUGGUAGAUUCGACCUAGGGGUAGGGUUUGUGUUGUGCUGGCCGUGAUUGAGGUACAGUAACAUACCUUGUUGGAAAUAGGUAAGUUCUUAGAAAUAGAUUGUUAUGCACGAUUCAAAUUUUAUUUAAAAUGAAAGAACUAGCUUUCCUAUGGUGAAUAUUAAAAGCUUCGUUUUUAAGCAGGUCAGAGGAGAACAACAUCUGGUAGUGAGGUUUAGAUUUGACUUCCACUACUGCGUCACAGAAUAAGAAGGUACAGCAGAAGUGUAACUUGAGUCGGUUCCCUUAUUGUUUUACGUCCACGAAAAUUUUAACUCGCUCACGCCAUCCUGGCUAGUACAACCGGAAGUUUUUAUCAGGUUUUGCUAGGUACAAAGUGCCGGUUGUACUAGCCAGGAUGGCGUGAUUGAUGACGAAUCGCUUGUAAAAACGCGGACAAAUAUUUGCUUGAGCGACGCUUCUGCUGUACCUUCUUAUUCUGUGACUGCAUGCUACAUUUCACUGGCUAACUACGCAUGUGAUUGGUUAAUCAGGAAACGUAUCUGAUUGGUUAAUAGUGAGCUUAAGCAAGUGACGUUUUUGUCAAUACGGACAUCACCCGAAAAUUGGUAUAACUAAUUUUGGCGGCAUUUUGCAUCAUAGCACUCGUGCAAGAAAGCAAAAAACUUUAAAAAUCUUAUGUUUUGUCAUAUGUGUUCAAGAUUACCACAAACUGAUACAAACACAGUUUUUAGUCCAGUCCCCCUCGACAAUCUGACGUCCGUGUCGACAACCUAAUGAGACCUUACGAUUCCAUGACGGCAAUGGCUACCAAUACAAUAGAUCAUUGAAAAGAAUUGAGUAAUUACAAUAUAUGAAUAAUUUAGACAUUGUCCUCGCUCUGUUCACAACGCUAAAUCACAGAUUUUCACGUCUUGAUACAACGGCUGCAUUUCAAGCCGCAACAAGUGCAACUUCAGACCGGGCUCAGCAGAACUCUUUCCAAACAUAAAACCCAUGUCUUCCACUUCUAAAACUGUAUUAAAUUCAUGCGAUUGAUAACAUACGACGAAUUAUCUUUCCUAUACCAUUUAUUUGAAGGAGUUUGUUUUGACCGUCGUCGUCGCGUUGCCGUCCUAAAAUCGUAAGGUCUCCAAUGGCUCCUUAAUGGUAGUGGAAGUGAAGUCUGAACUUGAUGCAUUAAUGUGAAUGGAAGGGUUUCAUUAAGUGUGACAGUGAAGCAUAUGUUGCUCAACUUUAAAAUGAAAGACAGUUAUGAGAGUGGCUGAACUAUAUGUGUUGAUCUUGUGUUUGGUGACAAAUACAUUUAAUAUAAUUUUCGUCGACUACCGUGUGUGGCAGCAUAUCACAGAAUAGAGACCUUAGGGACUGGUCAUAAAGUAACUGCUAGGGUGGGCUGGAGGUAAAUCACAAAUUUUGCCAAUAAGUUUAGUGACCCAUCUUAGGAUGUAGAUAAAAAUUUCAAAACCCAUCUAAUCUUACCAAAUUUAUUUCACGACCCACCCACCCAAUCUAAAUUGGGAAAAUACAAUUUUAUAAUUAGGAAAAUUUGCAGGUAUGAACAUUGUAUAAAUAUACACUGGCACUGUAUUGACAUACAUAAUUACACCAUGCUUGACCAACACAUUCAUCACCAAUUACGAUACUGAGCUGCUCUCCAGUCGGUUGUAUUUGCUGUGAUUCGACAACUUCUUGUUGUUGUAUAAAACAAAGUACUGGCUUCAAUAGCAUCAUUUGCAUUUGAUAAUUUGGAUAGUUUUGUUUACUUUUAUUAUUAAUUAAUAUCUUUAUGUAAUAUAUAAUUAACAUGGGUUUUUGUUUGGUGGCCCAACCGUUGACAUACCAAAAAAUUGGUGGCCCAUCGAAACUGCCCAAAGAUUUUCCAUGGCCCAUCCCAAAUCACUCCAGCCCACCCUAGCAGUUAUUUUAUGACCGGUCCCUUACAGAAGGCUCACAUCUUGGUUUUGCGUAUGAUAAAAAAUUCAAAAUGGCGGACGUUCAGGAGGAUGAAUGCCUCUCGUAAGCGCACCAUUAAAGCGCACUGACGAAUUAUGGCACCAUUAAAGCGCACUGACGAAUUAUGGCACCAUUAAAGCGCACUGACGAAUUAUGGCGUGAGAGCGGUUGCGCUUUUUUGGCUGAGUCAACCUUCUGUAACGUCUCUAUUCUGUGACCAUAUAAAACACUAACUGAAGUGUAAAGUGUAGUUCUCGUACAUCGCCGACCGUCGCCGAUAUACGAGAACUAGGCUUAACUCCAUGACAGGAACAACGAUAGAUUCCAGGCACUGAAAAGAUUGAAUGACUUUGCCUUGUGACUCUGCUUGAAAACGAGGGUGUGUGUAUUUAUAGAAUUAUAUAUAAAUAUUUUGUAAUAUAAAAAUUUCACAUUCAAAAGUAGUGACUGCUCACUCGGUGAGUGUAAGACCCUCAGUAUCCACUUCAAUUUUGUGCACUUUAUAUAAAUUAUUUUGCUGUAAGAUAAAGAAAAAAAAUAAGUUAAAUUAAUUUUGUAAAUUGUAAUUGUGCAGGAGAAUAAAAUUUAAACAAUAUGGAU